AUGAAGGGAGUUACGUGUCCAACGUCCAAAGCAUAUUUCGACGCCCUUGAACUGAGUCCUGGGUCCAAAGAGCGACGCAUCAACGAGAUAAGCAGGGUUCGUGUUGUAGCUCAGAAAAUGCCUAGCACGCCAGAAAACUACUGGGAGGUCGGGUUCCCUUCGGAAUCUGAACAGCGACGUCGAGGUCUUAUAAAGGAGGUGAGAAGAAAGUCUGGUAGGAAGCUGUUCCAAAAAGAGGAUGUGAGCUUUAGCAGGUGA